GUGAUAUCAGGUUCACAUGUUGUAUAUAAAUUAUAAAAAAUAAAUAUAAUUUAUUAUUAAUAUUAAAUUUUUUAUGUAUAUGUGUAUUAUUAUAGUAUUUUAUAUAUAUUUAUAAUUAACAAUGGCAUCGAAAAAAAAGGAAGGCAUAAUUAUUGUUCUUGAUGUAGGAAAAAACGCAUUACAAUUAAAUUCUAAUGGAAAAUCAUAUUUUGAGCAGUCUUUACAUUGUGUUUCAAUGUUAAUUCAAAGAAAGUUGCUUCUUGAGAGCAAAGAUGAAUUAGCAUUGAUAUUAUUUGGAUCUUCUAAUACAAAUAACCCAUUGGCAUUAGAAGGACCUGGUUACCAAAAUAUUGAAGUUGUUACAAACUUAGGUUUAGCAACUUGGGACUUAGCAAAAUUUGUUACUAAUAUAACUCCUACAAAUAUCACACCUUCUGAUUGGCUCAGUGCUCUUAUUUUAGCUACUCAUUUACUAAAAAAUGAAUCUGAAAAUAAAAUCUAUUCUGAUCUUCAAAUAGUUAUUUUUUCUAAUUUUAUGGCUGAUAUCUUACCAGACAAAAUAGAUGUUAUAGUUAAGUGCAUUAACUACUUGGAAAUCAAAUUAUCUUUGUUAGGCAAAGAUUACACUGACAUUGUUAAUAAGAAUCAAUUAUUAGAAAAAUUUAUUGAAGAAACUGAUGCUCAAGCUGCCAAUUUAGAAGUAGCAGUUAAUCAGUUAAGUUAUUAUAAGCAUAAAGAUGUUGUUCCAAGAGCUUGGACAGUAGCUUUGAGUUUUGGAAGUAUAUUCAGUAUAAAAGUUUCUGGUUUUAAAAAGGUUGAUGAGACCCCUAAAACAAAUAAAUGGCUAUUAUGUAGUAAACUAGAUAAGCCUGAGGCUAUUACUCCAAUAAAAACUGAAACAUCUUACUAUUAUGUUAAAAAUGGUAUAAAAAUAGAAGUGAACAAAUUUAAUUUAAUUGAUGCUUUUCGUUUUGGUGAUACAAUUAUACCAGUAACUGUCUGGAAGUUCGCAACUAUUAUUUUAAUACCCAAGCCAAAAAAACCAAAACAAAUCUUUACGUCUUAUAGACCAAUAAGUUUAUUAUCAGUAUUAGGAAAACUUUUCGAUAAAAUAUUACUCAGAAGACUACAUCCUAUUCUAUCAUUACAUAACAUUGUACCAAAUAGUCAGCUUGGGUUUAUUGACUUGUGGACAAAAAAAUGGCGAGUAAAAAUCAAUGAAGAUAAAUCUGCUCAAAUCACCUUCACUCUAAAUUUCAAACCACAAAAAUGUCCUCAAAUUAUUAUGAAUAAUAUUCCUAUACCAAUAAAAGAAGAGAUCAAGUACUUAGGAAUUACGCUUGACAAACGACUGAUGUGGGGCCUUCAUCUAAAAGAAAAAAGAAAAAGUGCAAGAAACAGACUACAUCUUCUACGUCCUCUCCUUAUUUCAAAACUUCAACUUAAAACAAAACUAUUAUAUGCCCAGUUUGGUCUUAUUGUAUCCAAAUCUGGGGUUCAGCCAAAGCAUCGAACAUAA